UCCUGUGAAUGGCUAUUGGAGUGGUUCUUCCUGGCUAAGGGCUCCGCUCUCCCAGAGCCUCCUCUUUGGUACUGUGGAUGAGUAUGUUCUCAGCCUGCCCUGCUAACUGUCCUCAAGCAUGCCUGCAUAUUGCAGGGCCAGGCCUAGCUUGUAGUGGGCAACUUGCCCUGCCAGUCUGGUGAUAGUGUGACUCUUUCUUUCUGCAACAGGGCCUGCUGCCACCAAACCAGACUUGAUCUUAAAACUGGAACAGACAGCCACACCCUGGAUCAAGGACCCUAAGCUAAAGUGGGGGAAAAGUCACCCCCUAGGGAAAACAAAGAUGGCAGCAGUAAAAGAGGCCAAAACCCCAACCCAGGGUGCAGCUACAGAACCCCCAUCGCUUCCAGCUCCUGUAGAGACAGGUACCUCCGACUGCCCUCCAAGCACAUGUGAAAUAGAAGUGGACAGACCUAGGAAAGUCCAGAGGACUUAUAGACCUCGUUCCAUUCAGAGGUCCUGGUUUGGACAGUUCCCCUGGCUAGUCAUGGAUCCCAAAGAGACCAAGCUGUUCUGCUCAGUUUGCAAAGAAAGACCAACUCUCCAUGACAAAUCAUCCCGGUUAGUCCAAGGUUACACUGGGCCUUUUAAAGUAGAGACUUUAAAAUACCGUGAAGUCAGCAAGGCACAUAAGCUCUGUGUCAACACUGUGGCAGUCAAAGACAACAGCCCUCAGCCUGCCCUCGCCCCAGAGAUCUCCAGCGACCUCGUGGCCAACAUGGAGCACUUCUUCAAUGCUGCCUACUCCAUCGCCUACCACUCCAGGCCUCUGAAUGACUUUGAGAAGGUCUUGAAACUCCUGCAGAACACUGGGACCAUGAUAUUAGGCAAGUCCGAAAUCGCACUGCAUGCACUCAGUUCAAGUACAUCUCAGAGACUCUGAAGAAGGACUCCUUAUUGACAUCCGAAGCUCCCCAUGUGUGAGCAUGCUGCUGGACAGCUGUAGGGACUCCUCUGACCAGGCCUGUGUGGGAAUAUACAUGCGCUAUUUCAAGCAGAUGGAAGUGAAGGAAUCGUACAUCACCCUGGCCCCUCUCUCCAGUGAGACAGUGGAUGGGUACUUUGAAACCAUUAUCGCUGCCCUGGAUGAGCUGGACAUCCCUUUCUGGAAGCCUGGCUGGGUGGUGGGUCUAGGGACUGAUGGGUCUGCCAUGCUCAGAUGCAAGGGAGGACUUGUGGAAAAGUUUCAGGAGAUCAUUCCUCAGCUGCUGCCUGUGUACUGUGUAGCCCACCAGCUGCAUGUGGCUGUGGUGGAUGCUUGUGGGAGCAUAGCCCACCAGCUGCAUGUGGCUGUGGUGGAUGCUUGUGGGAGCAUCGAUCUGGUGAGGAUGUGUGACCGGCACAUCCGAACCAUCUUCAAGUUUUACCAGUGCUCUAACAAGAGGCUAAAUGAACUGUGGGACUGUGCAUCUCUGCUAGGGCAGGAAAUCAUCUGUCUGAAGGACUUGAACGCUGUCAGGUGGGUGGCCAGCAGAAAGUGCACACUGAAUGCACUCAUCGUGAGCUGGCCUGCCCUAGCUAGGCACCUCCAGAGUGUGGUGGAAACUGGGGGCCAGAUUGGUCAAAGGGCCAACGGCAUGCUGAAGCUGAUGAAGGGCUUCCAUUUCAUCAAGUUCUCCUACUUCCUUUUGGACUUCCUGAACAUCUACAGACCUUUGUCUGAGGUGUGCCAGAAGGAGCCUGUGCUGGUCACAGAGGUGAACUCCACACUGGUUCAUGCCUAUGUGGCAUUGGAGAGACUCUGCCACCGGGCAGGGCCCAAAGAAGAAGAGUUCAAUGCCAGCUUCCAGGAUGGGCGGCUCCAUGGCAUCUCCCUGGACAAAGUGGAGACAGCAGAGCUGCGGUUCCAGACAGACAGGGAGAAGAUGAUCCUGACUGGGGUUGAGUACCUCCAGCAGAGGUUUGGUUCAGACCGUCCCCCCCAGCUCAAGAAUAUGGAGGUGUUAGACACCAUGGCCUGGCCAGGAGGGGUUGAACUGGCCUGCUUUGGGAACAAUGACAUUCUCAGCCUUGCCAGGCAUUUUGAGCUCUCCCUCCCCACAGUGAGGAAGCACUGCUGGAGGAGUGGCAGAGCUUGAAGGCUGCUUCCCAGAACCUUCCAUUCUCCAUGCUGUAUAAGAAUGCUCGGACCCAGCACUACCGCUUCCCCUUGCUGAGCAAGCUCAUGGCUGUGGUGGUCUGCGUGCCCAUCUCUACUUCCUGCUGUGAGCGGGGAUUCAAGGCCAUGAAUAGGAUCAGGACUGAUGAGAGGACCAAGCUCUCCAACGAGGUUCUCAACACACUCAUGAUGACGGCAGUGAAUGGUGUGCCAGUCACAGAAUUCGACCCCCAGCCUGCGAUCCAGCACUGGUACCGGACCUCUUCAGCCCGGCACUUCAGUCAUGUCUAUACCUGCACCCAGGUGCCAACCUGUUCCCACACAAGUAAGUACACAAAGUCCCUGGUGUGGGAGACGAAGCACAGACUCCUAUGUGCCCUGUCCCACACUGAAUCAGUCUGAGCAAUCAACCCACAAAGGUGGGACCUAUGGAGU